AUGCUGGAGAGAGGGCUGCUGCUGCUGGCUCUCGGCCUGGGCCUGGCCAGCACCCAGGGGACUCUGGAAGAGGUGCCAGUGCAGCCCGGCUUUGACGCACAAAAGAUGGAGGGACGCUGGUUCACCAUGCAGCUGGCCACCAGCCACGCAGACCUGGUCUUGCCAACUGACCCGCUGAGGCUUGCUCUCCACUCCAUCUGGACCAGAGAGGGUGGGGACCUGGCAUUGGUGCUGUUCUGGAUGGGAGAAGGGGUGUGUAGAGGAGUGAACGUCACCCUCCACCCAGCUGGGCUGCCAGGCCAGUACCAAGGCUCCUUCGCGGGGGGCAGCAUGCACGUCUGCUUCGUCAGCUCCGACUACAGCAACCUCAUUCUUUACGUACGCUUUGAGGACGUCGAGGUUACCAGCCUAUGGGCACUGCUGGCGAGAAGAAUGCUCGAGGACCCCGCGUGGCUGGGGAAGUACUGGGAGUACGUGGAGAAAUUCCGCCUGCAGAGCGCCCCGGUCUUCAAUGUGGCCGGACAGUGCCCCAGCCCAGGCCCAGGGGAGUCCACUCCCUGA